CGCGUGGGGCAUGCAACUCUCCCACCAAUUUAAUCGAUUUUAUUAAUUCUGUUACUGUGAUAAUAGAAAUUCCCGAUGAUACUGCACAUUAGCUGUUGUACGUGAGAUUUGACAGAUUAAAUUCAGACCCUGACCUGUGACAAUGGGGACAGCUCGCUCGAUCAUUCAGUUUUAGGGCUGAGGGUGCAAGGGAAUUACUACUGAAUUCAUCAUAAAUAAGUGAUACAAAGGCUCGAAGGGUUGCGCGAAAAACUCGGUAUCGAUUUUUAAUGCGGGAGACUGUAUUUUUAAAGGGAUGAGCAUCGUGGGACUGUUUAAUGGGGCGAAUUUAUUGAUUUUAAUUUAUAUUCAAUUUAUGAGUGUUGCAUGGGGCAAGGGGCGACGGGGAUGACGCGCGAUUGAUGGGGAUUUUAAUGCUGUUGUAUUUGUUUUUGUAGAUGUGUAGGGCUUCGACGGACGAGUGGGUUUGGGCCCGUUUUUUGGUGCUAUGAUGAGGAUAACGGGGGUUUUUUUAUUUCUACUGGGAAUUGUCUCGAUCACCAGUGGUGUUGAUCUAUCGCAAUGUAUCGCACCACUUGGCAUGGAAUCUGGCGCUAUUGUGGACGAAGAUAUUACCGCAAGCUCGAGUUUCGAGAGUGGAAAUGUCGGUCCGCGUCAGGCAAGACUCAGGACGGAAAAUAAUGGCGGCGCAUGGUGUCCAAAAGGCGAAAUAACGAGUGAACCACGCGAGUGGCUUGAAAUCGAUUUGCAUUCGGUUCACAUGAUCACUGGUACAAAUACUCAAGGACGUUUUGGUAAUGGGGUGGGGGUUGAAUACGCAGAGGGUUACUUGCUGGAGUAUUGGAGGCCACGUCUUGGUAAAUGGGUCCGUUAUCGUGACAUCAAAGGGAAUGAGAUCAUGAAGGGCAACACAAACACAUACUCGGAGACAAAACACGACUUGGAUCCACCGUUGUGGGCGAGCAAGAUACGCUUCCUGCCGUACAGUAAUCAUAGACGUACCGUAUGCAUGCGGGUGGAGAUUUAUGGGUGCUAUUGGCACGAUGGAAUUGUUGCUUACUCGAUGCCUCAAGGGGACAAGAGGGGAAACGAAUGGGAGUUUUUCGACGCCACUUACGAUGGUUACUGGGACGGAGAGUUGAGACACGGGUUGGGACAAUUAGUUGAUGGAAAAAUUGGCCCUGAUAAUUUCAAAAUGGGGUAUUAUGACUCGGCUAGGAGCAGGGGCUGGGUUGCCUGGAGAAAUGACACUAGAAGUAAUCAACCCAUUGAGAUCAAAUUUGAAUUCGAUAAAAUUCGAGAAUUUGCGGCUGUUCAUUUGUAUUGUAAUAAUCAGUUCAGCAGGGAUGUCCAGGUAUUCUCGCAGGUCGAAGUGUCUUUCAGUAUUGGAGGGACAUUCUUCAUGGGUGAGCCCAUAAUCUACAACUACAUGGAGGAUAAAAUAUUCGAGACAUCACGGAAUAUAACGAUAAAGCUACAUCAUCGAGUUGGAAAAUUCGUGAAAUUACAGCUCUACUUUUCAUCAAAAUGGAUCAUGCUGAGUGAAAUAAUAUUUGACUCAGACAUUGCCCAUGGAAAUUUCACCGCGGAGGAGUUCCUGACGACUGAGGGAUCUCUCUCGAGCGACGUAAUGCCCAACGGUAAGCCCGGAGGGGCUCAGAAUGAAGCUCCGGUGUUUACCGCAAAGCAGGAUGAUCCCACAUACAUGGCUGUUGUAAUUGGUGUACUAACAGCGGUAAUUCUCUUACUGGCAGUUGCAAUAUUUUUCAUAGUAACUCGUCAUCGUCAGCGCAAAUGUUUUGCCAGUCCAAUGGCUGUUAAAGUGCCAUCCCACCUUGGCUCAACGUGCGCUACAGUGGAAAAGGGCGCUGCACUUAUACCAUAUACACUUGAAGACGAUGAGAGGUAUCCAACUGGGAAUGUUCCGACACUGGCUCAUGAGCUUGACAAUCGACAUGUGGAUAUUGUUAAAUUAGAUGAUUAUCAGGAGCCGUAUCAGGCACUUAAGUAUGCGCCGUAUUAUAGUUACAGUACUAUUAUUAUGGAGAUGAAGGAUAUGAUGCUUAAUAAUAUGGCGUCGAAUGCUGUUAAUUAUACUGCAGUGCCAGAGAUGAACAGUACAAAAAUUCCACUUUUAAACUGCGAGUCAGGUGUCUACACCACCCACGAAAUAGUCUCGAGUUCAAUUUCCAGUAGUGGCAGCGACCAGGAGAGUAUAUUUUCAAAAGGCUCCUCCCGGAAUAGUCGGCUAGACGAUAAAAAGUCACCGACCCAACAGGAGGUUCUCACGGCUCUUAAGAGACGACUGGAGCAGUCAACGGUGCCCCUGUUCUCUCGGCAUCGACUCCGUAUGCUGUCCAAACUGGCUGAGGGUGCAUUUGGAACGAUAUACGUGGCUGAGGCUGAGGGAAUUCCAGAUUAUGGUACGAGCAUUACUACCCUGGGAAAGAGGCUCGUAGCAGUUAAAUUUUUACUCCCUGAAGCGAGUGAAAAAGAAAAAUUGGACUUUCAGCGAGAUGUUCGAAUACUCGCUGCACUCGAGGAUGUUAAUAUAGCGAGGGUACUUGGUGUUUGUUGUCGUGAGGAGCCUUAUUGCGUUGUAAUGGAGUAUCUUGAGCAUGGAGAUCUCUCUCAAUUUUUGAAAACCCAUAUCACUGUUGAGGAUGCUCAUCCAAUGCCCAUUGGCGUUAAGACAUUGAGUUUUAAUUGUCUCAUCUACAUGGCUGCACAAAUUGCAUCGGGUAUGAGAUACCUUGAGAAUCUAAAUUUUGUACAUCGAGAUUUGGCUACGAGAAAUUGUCUGGUGGGCAAGGCUUAUCACAUAAAAAUAUCAGAUUUUGGAACGGACAAUGAACUCUACGCUAGUGAUUAUUACAAAGUCAGUGAUGGUGCUCUUCUUCCUAUUCGAUGGAUGGCUUGGGAGUGUGUCUUCCUACGAAAAUACACGACAAAAAGCGACGUCUGGGCAUUCGCAGUGACCCUCUGGGAAAUCCUCAAUUUGGGUCGUCACGUGCCUUACGAGCAUUUGACUGACGAAGAAGUCAUCGACAAUCUUCAACAACAUCAUCAAGACAACACGCGAUGCAGCACUCUGACCAAGAAUGAUCACGAAAUUAAAUUAUUAUUCGAGUAUUUACCAAAACCAACAACAUCGAGUAAAGAUAUUUACGAUCUGAUGCUCGAGUGUUGGCGUCGCGACGAAAAUUCGAGACCGACAUUCCGUGAAAUAACACUAUUCCUCCAGAGAAAAAAUCUCGGUUAUGCACCUACUUGUUGAACUAAUGAACGAAUGACGAAAUAACGAAAUAUAAACGUUCGAUAAAAUCGCGAAUUGAACAAUCAGUUGGACGGUUUCAAAUGAGGGAACUAAAUAUCUGAGAUAAUUGAUGCAUUUUAACGUAAUAAUGUAGAAUGCAUUGCGAAUGAAAUCUGUUGAAUGAAUAUUAUUGCACCGAUGUUUAGUGAUUAACGAAAUAGAAUACCAAAAGAUAAAUGAACAAAUCUAAAAAAAACGUGAAUGAAGUUAAGUUUGACAUAAUUAGAAUGAUCAAGGAAAUUGAUUUUACAUAUCUAGUAGCUGUGUUACUAAGAGGAGAAAAUAAUUACCUAUAAAUGCCAAAAUCCUACGAAUCACCACUAACUCGUGAUACGUGUACUAUAUCAUUUUAAAUGUUUGCAAUAACUAGGCUGUAAUUUAAUUUUAACAAGGAUGAACAAAUUUAUCCUUUGUUCUGAAUGUCAAAGACUCGAAUAUAUCAUUCACACAUAACGAAUAAUUUUUGAUUGUACAAUAGACCGCUGUGUAAUGGUUGCGUUAUAUCAAAUACAUAUGUAUCAUUGUUAUGAAAUAUUUGUAUAUACUCUAUGCGUAAUAGCCGGGAUCAAUGCAGAUGACGAGAAAAAAAAAUAUGAAAAUUUAGAGUUACGCCGAUUAUAAAUGAAUAUGAGUGUAGAAUGGAAAUUAUAUGGGAGUGUGGAAAGCCAUUAUUAUUGGAAACAACGAAUAGAAGUGUAUUGAUGAGAAAUUCUUCUUCAACGAGUGAUAUAUAAGCACAUAUACAUUUACUUUGAUCUGUCGUGCAAUGUAUUUGUCGCAUAUUAUCCGAUUGUUUUUAAUAAAAGUUUUGUUUUAACUGCUA